UGCUGCCCUAGGUCGAGCCAGGAGGCUCACACCCAGAGACCUGCCCCGCAGGGCCAUGGGGCCCAGGAGCCACUGCCUUGGCCUCUCCAGACUGGGCCUUCUGUUCCUGUUCCUGCUCCCACUCCUUCCAGGAUGCUUGGGAGCUGAGGGCAGGCUGGCUCACAAGCUGUUCCGUGACCUUUUUGCCAACUAUACAAGUGCCCUGAGACCUGUGGCGGAUACAGACCAGACUCUGAAUGUGACCCUGGAGGUGACAUUGUCCCAGAUCAUUGACAUGGAUGAGCGCAACCAGGUGCUGACCCUAUACCUGUGGAUCCGACAGGAGUGGACAGAUGCCUACUUACGAUGGGACCCCGAUGACUAUGGUGGCCUGGAUGCCAUCCGCAUCCCCAGCGGUCUAGUGUGGCGGCCAGACAUCGUACUCUAUAACAAGUACUGCCUGCCUGGGCCCCUCCCCUCUCCUAGCCCUCCCUGGAGUUGCCCUUGGUUCCGGGUAGGCACUUAUCCCUCAUUCCCCCACCUAACUAGCUGCUAUGCUGCCCUGGAAGUUGUGCCCCAGGACCCUUCUAAUCUGCCUCCAGCAGUGAGGGGGGAAAUCAGCGAGCACUUGGCUUCUGAGAACCCACUUGUGGGAAUGCAGACUGGGGAGACUUGGCCCUUACCUCCUUCCUCUUUCAUCCAUUGGGCUUGGAGGGUCCGACAGCCUCAUGGUGGGUUCCUGUUCAUGCUGCGGGGGCUGGGGAGCUCAGGCCCCCUGAGCUCUUUUUCUGGGCCCCCGCUCGCUCUGUCUUUUGCAGGGAAGUACUACAUGGCCACCAUGACCAUGGUCACCUUCUCCACAGCGCUCACUAUCCUUAUCAUGAACUUGCAUUACUGUGGUCCCAGUGCCCGUCCAGUGCCGGCCUGGGCUCGGGCUUUCCUACUGGGAUACCUGGCACGGGGCCUGUGCGUGCGAGAACGAGGGGAGCCCUGUGGGAAGUCUAGACGGCACGAGUCACCCCCCAGCCCCCAGCCUCCUGAGGGAGGGGCUGGCCCCCCAGCAGGCCCUUGCCAUGAGCCCCGGUGUCUGUGCCAUCAGGAAGAGCUGCUGCACCAUGUAGCCACCAUUGCUAACACCUUCCGCAGCCACCGGGCUGCCCAGCACCGCCACGAGGACUGGAAACGCCUGGCCCGUGUGAUGGAUCGCUUCUUCCUGGGCAUCUUCUUCUCCAUGGCCCUGGUUAUGAGCCUCCUGGUGCUCGUGCAGGCGCUGUGAAUCGGGGUCUGCUGCAGCCACAGCAACGCGACAGGGAUGGGAAGACCAGGUGGUUGCUGGCCCUCAGAUAGGCCAUCUAAUCUCUCCCUACUGCACCCUAGAGCCUGGGACACCCUCUUUCAGGGUCAGCACUGCUGACUUCACAAACCACGAGGGAGCACUUGUUGUCUGUGUAUCCUGAUCUCUAAGAAAAAUCUAGAGCUUGCCACUCCCUUAAUUCCUAUAGGGGACGAACUCUAAGAAGGUUCAAGGUCAAAGUGCAGUCCUAGAGGGACAGAAUUGAACUUCAUUAAUGAAUGUUAGAGUUUUCAGUGGGGAGAGUGCAAGUUAUAUGCGAAACAGAACUGCAACAUUGCCUGCCUUCUCUUCCUUCCUCAGUGGCUGCUGUUAUAGGAGCUUGGUCUUGCCUGUCCCUGUCUAGGGGCUCAGGAAAGGGGUUUGGGGAUUCAGAUUUAUGAUCUAGUUUCCAGAGCAGGAGGCCACACAAAGAUUUGGCCCCAAAGCCCCAAUUCCUCAUAAAGGGAGUGUGUGCCUGGUACCUCCUCGAUGUCCUGUCUUACCCUUGGGGCCCAUGGUGAUGGGAGAUGGGGAUCCAGGUUUGUCUGUCUAGAAACAGGAACCUUAGGACUCAUGGGUGAGAGCAGGAAUUACAUCUUUGCUGACAAGAAAAUGAUGGAUUUGACCAAGACCCCGCAAAGGGCCUAAAGCAAGCUCUCUGCUGUCUUUCCUGCUCUCCUCUCUCUGGGUUCGCUUCUGUCCAUCGCAUUCCCCCACACUGACGUUCAGAGGACUUGAAAGUAUCCAAGGGAGGGCCAUGCAGGGACCAGCUGUUCACAGGUAUUUGUUCCUUUCUGACUUUCACAUGCUUCCCAGCAUCUACCUCUUUGCCUCAACCCAGUCCCUGACCUCAGGAAGCUCACAGUCUGUCACGGACAAGAGACAUGGACCUGUGGUGUAGAGAAGCUCCCAGGACCUGCAGAGCACAGAGGCAGCACCCUAACC